AAGGCUUUGAGCUUUGUCUACUUAAGUGAAGAGUAGAUGGACCGUGUUAGCAUUCUUGCAGACGAGGUUCUUUGUCAUAUACUGUCCUUUCUUACGGCAAAGGAAGCUGCUUUGACAUCGAUUCUCGCCAAGAGGUGGCGCAAUCUUCUUGCGUUUGUCCCUUGUAUUACUAUUGAUGACUCUGUGUUUCUGCAUCCUGAAGAGGGUAAGCAGGACAGGGAAGAAGUUAAACAGAGCUUCAUGGACUUUGUGGAUAGAGUUUUGGCGUUGCAAGGUAACUCUCCCCUAAAGGUAUUCUCCCUCAAGUGUCUUACUGUGGUUGAUACGGAUCGUGUGGAUGGUUGGGUAAGCAAUGCGUUAGCUCGUGCUGUUUCGGAACUCGAUCUAAAGAUCAUUAUUCCUAGUGACAAAGGGGAAUUUUAUAAGCUGUCUCCAAAAUGCUUUGAUUGCAGCACACUUGUUAAGCUGAAAAUGAACUGUGUGAUUGAUCUUACUUUGGUUGCUGGUCGCAUUUUCUUACCGUUGCUUAAAACGCUGGUUCUUGACCAUGUUACGGUUUGUCCUAACGAGUUUGAGACUCUGCUUCAUGCUCUGCCUUCCCUUGAGGAAUUGCUUCUUGUUUAUGUAAUGUGGAAAGGUAUGGAGGAUGUCACAGUGUCAAGUUCAAGCCUCAAGACCCUGACAAUGACGUUAGACUAUACUUUAAAGACUUUGUCAUUUGAUACACCAAGUCUCCUUCACUUUAAGUACUCUGGUUAUGCUGCAUUGGACUAUCCGGUAGGUAAUAUGGGAAACUUGGUUGAUGCUCAAAUCGACUUCUUCUUAAGUGAUAGCCAACUCAAGCAACUUCGAGAACCAGAUAAUGAUGAAGAUGCUCAUCGUUAUAGUAAGGUGUGCAAACUCUUUCAUAGCAUACCUUAUGUUGGGAAUCAUUUCUUGCUUCCUGAUACUCUUGAGGUGCUUUCUAUGUGCUCUGAAUCGAUGCCAGUGUUCACCAACCUCAAAUCAUUAACUAUUCGGAGUGACGAGGAUCGAGGAUGGCAAGCAAUGCCAGCUCUUCUAAGGAACUGUCCACAUUUAGAAACUCUUGUUAUAAAGGGUCUCGUGCACCAUGUGACAGACAAGUGUGGGAAUGUUUGUGGCUGCAUUUCUCGGGAGGACAAAGGACUUUCACUCAAACUUUGUCCAGUAAAAGAGAUGAAGAUCCAUGAGUUUCAAGGAACAAUGGAAGAGAUGGCAAUUAUAAAGCAUUUCUUGGACUAUUUUCCAUGUUUGAAGGAGAUGGAGGUCUAUGCUGAAGAGAAUAAUAAUCCUACACGGCUAGGAAACCAUGAAGUUUGUAAACGUGUCUCGGAGAUGUUCCAACUCUACAACAAGUUAUCGAGUUGCAAUGUCAAAGUCAAAGUCAUGGUGGGCGAUGUUCUUUGCAGAUGAAGUGGCUAAAGAAGAAAACCAUAAUCCUAGUUUUGGGCUACAGUUUAAGUUGUGUUUAACUUUCUUGAAAACCAUAAUCCUAGUUUUCGGCUGCAGUUUAAGUUGUGUUUAACUUGCUUGAAAACCAUCUCCUAGUUUUGGCCUGCAGUUUAAAUUGUGUGUAAACUUUUCGUAACUGAAAAAAUAUUAUUCUUGCAACUGAAUGAUAACAAAAGAAAAAUACCAAAAUAGAUGUCAAGAAAAAAAAAACUAAGAUAAAAAAUCACGUAAAUACACAACUAUAAAUCAAAUUUAUUGUUACUUCUUAUGUACAUAUAUUUAGUAUUUUAAUAUUAAAAUAAAUCUAAUAAUUUAGAAAAAUACAUUAUGACAUAUCAUGUUUACAGAUAAAUAUAAAUCAAAUUUAUUGUUAAUUUGAUAAUCAUAUCUUUAAUACUUUAGUAUAAUGAUAAAAUCUAAUCAUUAUAUUUAUAUACAAUAGUAAGUAUAAAAGAAUAAUGAAUAAUAAAAGAAACAUGUAGAUAAACAGAAAAUAAAUACAUUUAAUCUUCUUAUUUUAUCCAAACACGUUUUUCAUUUAAUUUUUUGAGCUAAUUUAUAUUAGAUUUAUUAAUGAUCAACUAAAUAAUAAAUUUAUAAUUAUUCAUUAAAUGUAACAACAACAUUGACGUGUCUAAUUUUUAAUGUGAAACUUUGAAUGCGAAAAUCAUUUCACGAAUACUAGUAUA